ACCUAUUUUUCCAUUGAGUUACGCAGUUCAGAGUGUUCUUGUUCUGGAGCUCAGUUGAAAAAAUGGCGUCGAAACUUGCGUUUACGGGCCGUGUUUUAGCUCGCAAUUAUGUUACUGAUAUGUCAUUUGUGCCUGGUUAUCACCGACCAAAAAAUGUCGAGAAGUCAGAAAAAUUAUGGAGGAAUCUCACAUUCUUCGUAGCUUUACCAUCUGUUGUUUUGGGUAUGAUUAAUUCUUAUAUGUUAACUAAAGAGGAAGAAGAAACAAUACAAAGACCAGAAUAUAUUCCAUAUGAUUACAUGUACAUCAUGAACAAGCCUUUUCCUUGGGGCGAUGGAAAGCACUCCUUCUUCCACAACCCAGAACGUAAUGCAGUCCCUGGAAUUGGUUAUGAAGCACCACCGCCAAAUCAUCAUAAAAAAUAAUUAAUCAACAUUAAUUCAACUAUUCAGUAAAUUAAUAGAAAGAGUUAUUUAAUAAUCUAAUAAAGAAUUAAUCAAGUAAUAAUCAUUAAAUGUAAGGUGAUUAUCAAUAAAUUAAAUGUUUAAUUCGG